CGCCGUUCGGAAGAUGGCUGGAAAAGGAGAGAAGAGGAAACGGAAGUGGGUAAAAGUAGCUUUUCUGAAACUGCUUCAGCCUCAGUUGCGAAUUACUAAAGUUACUAAACAAACUUACCUAAUAAUUUUAAAAGUACACAUUUAUAUAAAUUUAAAAUAUAUUUAUAAUUUUAAUGCUAUGAUACGCAGUGUAAUUGCCAAUAGGUUUAGAUUGAACAAAAAGAGCGUUAGACACUGAUCCAAGCGUAUCCAAGUCCAUCCGUUCGUGUCUGGGUGAUUUGGCGCGUGAUUUUGUGUGAGAUGAACUUGUGCGUGCAAGCGGUUUGAGUAAAUAUGACAUAAUAGCGCCAGCAGCAAUGGAGCUUUUCGAUGCCUCAUCGCCUGGUCGUCGUGGAGGCCAGGAUUGUGGUCAGUCAUCCAUCAAAGAACUGCUGCAGCAAGUGUACAGCGCACACGUCGGCGUAGCUCAAGGCCUGCAGAAGCAAAUCUCGUCGCUGACUUCACUUGUUGCCGAGAAGGAUCGAGAGCUGCGCAAUGCUUCCUGCCAACGUUGUGCAUCCGUCAAGGACACCUUUGAGCGCUACAAGGCCAGCUACCAGCAGAUCAUCGAGAAGCUUGAGACCAAGAUUAGCCUACUUGAGGGAAAGGUUUCUUCACAAGAGAAAGAGCUUCGUGGAAGGAAUGUCAGCCCCGUUGUCAACUGCACUCCACAACGGGCAGCCAAAAGCGAGUGCAGACGGCAGUUGCUGAACUGCUCCGUCAGUCCCAAAUUGUGGGACUCUAUUCUGCAAGAAGACUCGCCGAGGGACACAAGCUGUCUUGUACCUCCCUCUCCUCCUACCACCACUGAUGAGCCUGCUGAGUGCGAGGAAGUCCUGGAGGCAGCCAUGUGCACGGCUGCCACAAAUGGUAAAGGCAAAAAGUUGCCACCCCUCGCAGUGCAGACGGUGCCGGAGACACUGGAAAUAGAACUCUGUGGUGGCAGUGCCAAGAAUGAAAUUGCGUCAUACCAGCCGCCGCUUUCAGCAAUCGCCGAGAAAGAGGAAGCCAGCUGUGAGGAUUUCGUUCGAUCGAGGGGAAAUGUUGCACCUACCGAAGUGGCAAACGAUAAAAGGCUCAUUGAUUGCACAAAGGAACAACAAAAGACAAGUGCUGAAGCAGCUGACAGUAAAUCGAGCGUGCUGGUGGUCAUUGAUGAACAGGAAGACGGCAUCACCGAUGCCGAGUCAGAGGGGUCUCCGAGUCUUCUCCAGCAGGACAAGGUUGCGCGUCCUGCGCCGCCCUGUGAGACAUGGGACGAUGACGUGGUGUCACCAACAAGUGUUGUGUCAGGCACGACUCCCGCACGAUCUCUGUCCAAAGUGCCGGGCCACCAGAUGCUCUGUGUGAUGGAUGAUGGAAACAAGUCGCCCAGUCUACUUGAUGUGUUUGCAGCACCAAAGGGCACUGUGGCCCCUGUUACGAGUGAGGCGGGGAAAGUGGCGGGCCCCUCUAGCCUACCUGCCACUGAAGUGACUGUGUCUGACGAUGACUUGGAACCCAAGUCAGCGCAGCCGAGUGGCAGCAAGCUUUCGCUGUUGAGGAAGCGGCGUGCAUCGCCAACCGAGGCUGCCGAUGUGUCCAUGGUUCGUCCUCCGAGCAGAGCAAAACGGAAAAAACAGACCAAGCUAUCUGACAGGUGA